UAAGAUAUUAACCAUUGGUUCACAUUGUUUUUCUCUUUUUCUUUUUCCCUUUCAAAAUAUCACCUUUUUAUUGCACAAAAAUAUGUAACAUAAAAUAUUUCCCAAACCAAUAGUUGAAGGUUCAAUCAUAUAACGCCGCACAUUUAUUUUUAAUAUAAAAAUACAUAAUCUCACAAAAAUUAGAUUUUAGUUCCAACCAAAUUACCUAAAUAUCUGUACGACAAAGCUAAGCACACUCCUAAAAUGAAUCCCCUGCCACACCCAAAAACACUAUCGCCACUCCAAUUUGAACCGAAAUGAUUGUACCAUACGCAUCCCACACUGUACAUGUGCGUGGAUGAAGGAAGCGAAGCCCACUCCCAAUAUAGUAGUGUUAUAUAUAUCUCAUCUUCUUUCUCAUAAAUCCAAAAAGCUGAAAAAAUAAAAUAAAAUCAGAAAUUUCCCCAAUCUCAAUUUCGCAUCGCCAAGAGGAAGAAAAAUCCCUGAGUAAAUGGAAAACAACCCGCAGCAGAGCGCGGCGCCGCCGUACCCGCCGGGCGCGGCGGCGGCGGCGGCGGCGGGGUACCCGUCGCAGCCGCCGUACCAGAACCUCCUGCAGCAGCAGCAGCAUCAAUUGCAGGUGUUCUGGAAUUACCAGAAGCAGGAGAUCGAGCAGGUGAACGAUUUCAAAAACCACCAGCUCCCCCUGGCUCGGAUCAAGAAGAUCAUGAAGGCCGACGAGGACGUCCGCAUGAUCUCGGCGGAGGCGCCCAUCCUCUUCGCGAAGGCGUGCGAGCUCUUCAUCCUCGAGCUCACGAUCCGCUCGUGGCUCCACGCCGAGGAGAACAAGCGCCGCACGCUGCAGAAGAACGACAUCGCCGCCGCCAUCACGCGCACCGACAUCUUCGACUUCCUCGUCGACAUUGUGCCCAGGGACGAGAUUAAGGACGAGGCGGCCGCCCUCGGGGGGAUUGUGGGGCCCCCCGCGGGGGUCACCGGCGUGCCCUACUACUAUCCGCCCAUGGGCCAGCCGAUGAUGGGCCGCCCCGCCGUGGAUCCGGGGGUUUACGUGCAGCCGCCGCCGCCGCCGUCGCAGGCCUGGCAGUCGGUGUGGCAGACGGGGGCUGAGGAUGGCUCCUACGGGAGUGGCGGUGGUGCCAGCAGCGGUCAGGGGAACCUUGACGGUUAAGGCUUCACAUCACAUGAUUGUUGUUGCUUGGUUUAGGAAUUGUGGAUUGAGCAUAUGAUGUUUGGUUGGUAUUGGCAUGAAUGAUGUGCAGACAUUGGUGUUGUUUGAUGGGAGUUGAAACAAGUGAUGGUGAAGUGAGAGAGCAAGGGAAGGAAUUUGGGCUUCAAUUCUUUGGAAAAAAGAUUGUUGGUUGGUUGUAGUAGGAAUUUGUAUAAAACUUGAUCUUGUGUAGAUGCCCAUCAAAAACAAUGUGCAGAAUGUUUCCAGUGCAACAAUACACUCACCUCAUUCUUAUUUCUCUACCUAUUUUAUUUAUAUCCUCUUUUUCAA